CUUUUUUGGCGUUAAUUCAAUCGACCAAAACCUUUUUCUCCUUUCUAGCUCACGCUUUCUUCUUCUUCCAAUGGCGUCUUCUGCAGCUCUCGGAUCUCUCCAUCAGACUUUAGGGUCCGCCAUUAAUUCACAGAGUGAGGUUCACUCUCUUUCUGGAAACUGGUCUGCCUCUGGUAAUUCUUGUGUACCACAGUGGAGAUUAUCCAACAGGAACAGCAAGUACACUCUUGUCUUACGUGCUAAAGCCGCUAAAUCUUCGACAGCAACCAAAAGUGAUGAUUCAUCUGAGGCUAGUGUGUCAAACGGGAAGAAAACUGUUCGACGGAUAACUUUCCCGAAAGAAGUGGAGGCACUGGUUCACGAGAUGUGUGAUGAAACUGAGGUUGCUGUGCUGCAACUUAAGGUUGGAGAUUUUGAGAUGAACCUAAAACGGAAGAUUGGAGCGGCCACAAACCCCAUUCCCAUGGUGGAUAUAUCUCCAACCAUAGCUCCUCCUAUUCCUUCUGAACCCAUGAAUAAAUCUGUUUCUUCAGCUCCUAGCCCAUCUAAAGCAAAACCCACCUCUGAAAAAGUGUCUCCAUUUAAGAAUACAUCAUAUGGGAAACCAGCAAAGUUGGCUGCUUUGGAGGCAUCUGGAUCUAACAACUAUGUUCUAGUCACAUCUCCCGCAGUGGGCAAGUUUCAGAGGAGUAGAACUGUAAAAGGAAAGAAACAAUCUCCUAGCUGCAAAGAGGGUGAUGCAAUAAAGGAAGGCCAAGUUAUUGGAUACUUACAUCAGUUGGGAACAGAACUUCCAGUGACGUCGGAUGUAGCUGGGGAAGUCCUUAAGCUUCUUUCAGAUGACGGAGACUCUGUAGGUUAUGGUGAUCCUCUGGUCGCGAUCUUGCCAUCUUUCCACGACAUCAACAUCCAGUGAGGACGGUUUCUUCAGCCCAAUUUCGCAUCAAAUGAACAAUCUUUCAUCCGGAGACUGUACUAUUCAUCUUCUCCUGUGUUUGUUUAAUGGAGAUUUGUAAUCUGUUUAGUUGCAAAGAGUCUAUUUUGAUCUUGCUCUCAUCAUUUGUCACCUAACCUUAUGGUUGUCACGUAAUGUGGAUUUUCUGCACCAGGAAAAAAAAAUUGUUGAAUUUUU